GCGUGCGUCCGGACGCUCACCGCCAACUAAACGCGAGAGGGACUCGGACAUCAAUAACAUCUCGCUCAUCAAUAAGGCAUUUUGAUGGAGUUAGCCUGCUUAAUUAAAUAGGUUGCCUUGAAGGUAUUAGGCUCUCUGAAUUUAUAAUAUUUAAUCUAAUGACCCCCCAUGGAGAACAUCUGAAGGACGACUCUUCAGCAUCUCCAUCCACAGGAAAGCGGCUCGCUCACACAGAUUUUAAGAAUUGGAGGUUUCUUAUCUCUCAAUGAUGGCUAUCAACACUGAUGCUGCCUUUGGGAAAAGCGCCCUCGGCGAGAGGGAAGUUUCCAAUCCCACCGACUUCCAGGACACUGAGAAGCUUCUGAGCACCGCGACCACCGAGCCCACCGGGCAGAGCAACAUCAAACCGUCCGACUCCUUCUCCCUCAACAUCAGAGGGAGCGUCCGGUCCCUGGAUGCGGACCAGAACGGACACAGAUUGCCGCUUAAGUCGGGCUCCAUCGGGCAGUUGGCGACUCCACCCAAAUCCUUGUCCCGUCUCAGCCUGGGGCCGCUGCCCUCCCCGGUGCCGCCCGGGUCCGUACCCCCGAGUUACCUCUGGCUCGCCGUGAUGUCCUGUUUCUGCCCCGCCGUGCCGCUCAACAUAUGCGCCUUGUGGUAUGCACAUGUGUCGAGGUCUGUUCUCCAUACAGGAGAUAUUGAAGGAGCAAGAAAGUAUGGGCGUCUGUCUAUGGUGCUCAGCUGUCUGGCGAUGCUGCUGGGUGUGGCUGUCAUCAUCUUCAUAGUAUUGACAAUAGAGAUGCAGAAUUGAACUGUGGGAUGGAAGGAGUGUCCUUUGACUUCAUCUGAAAUUUGCACAGAGGAGAGAAGGAGGAGGAGGAGGAGGAUGAAUGUCGUUUUGAAGAUGAAAAAGCACAAAAUCUUAGUUGGAAACAAGCUGAAGAGACUCUAAGAAGUUGCGGGCCGUUUCUCUUUGUCUGGCAACACUCAUGGCCAAUAACCCCACAAACUCAGGAACAAGAGGAAGGAAAAAAGAAGGCUGCACACAGUUGCAGAGUCGGAUCAUCAGAAAGUUAAACUACUCAUAGUCCAAACUAGUGUUGCACUGAGGUACACGCCUGCCUGACACAGACAAUUGGAUGGCACUGCUUAUUAAAAAAUGGCAUCAAUAGAUAAGAAGAUGUCCUAAAGACUAAAGAACACACAUGAUUUGUACGUGAUGUUGUGAUAAAUAAAAACAGCCUCAUGUAGUCAGACAAAAACAGAAGGACUCAGUGCAUCUCUAGUCUGUAAUGCCGCCACUGCCUGCCCUGUUUCUCUUAACAUUUGCAACAAAGUUCUGAUUGACUGUGGGAGGAUGUAUAUACUGAUUUCAUACACUGUUUACAUCAAGUUUAAAACUCAUGUACAUUUAUCACAACAACGUCCUGCUGCAGUCAUAGUGUGAUACCUUGCUUUGUGUGCUAUUAUGAUAAACUGACUCCUGUUCGGACUCCACUGAACUGCCUGGAUCUCUGCACCUCAUUACGUUUACAAUAUACUGCAAGAUAUGAAUGGGGUUGUUUUUCCCUGUAUGCACUGUUCUUGGCACUCUGAUGUUGAUGUUUAUACAUUUAUACUGUAUGACUGGUUUACUGUGCCAUAGCUCUGCAUGUUGGAAAUAAACUUGAAUGAGCAUGACGAA